AUGUAUCAAUGGACGUGGUUGCUUGGUGUUGGACUCACGGUUGCGGCUGUCUCCGUAUGCAUCGCUUUAGAUGUCAGCCUUAGCAUGACUAUCGCGACUGCUUGUGUAGCCCUGUACCUCCCCUCGUACUUGGACGGGGCGGAAUACACAGGGGAGCGCUACUGGCCAUGGUUCGCCACAAUCAACGGACGUGGCAUGGCACACAUUCCAGGAACGCUAGAAUUUGAAGAACCCAUUGAUGGUACCAAGCAGCACAUUUUCUGCUCACACCCGCAUGGACUAUUGUCCGUCCACCAUGGGCUUCUCGUGUCGGGCCAGACUUCUCCGCCAUUUUAUGAGACGGUACCACAUUCCUCUAGACGUCAUUUGGCCGCGUCCGUCUGCUUCCGUCUGCCAGUUUUCCGUGAAUAUCUACUGUGGUCCGGUUGUGUCGACGCACGUCGCAGUGUGGCGGAAAAGAUGCUCAGGAAUGGUAAGAGUCUGGUGAUCUUAGUGGGAGGAAUUGCAGAGCAGAUGCUGUCGCAGCGAGGAGAUCAUACGAUUUACGUUAAGAAGCGCAAAGGGCAUAUCCGUCUAGCGCUCAAGUAUGGUGUUCCCAUCGUACCUGGUUACGCCUUCGGAGAGACCGAUCUCUUCACUCACUCGAGGGUGUUGCUGUCACUCCGUCAAAUGAUAGCGAAGAAGUUAUCGGUGGCGUUGCCACUUGGUUUCGGGUACUCGAAGCUGUUCUUUUGGUUGCCUCACAAAGGGGUGACUGUCAACCAGGUUUAUGCCAAGCCCAUUCCAGUGGAAAAGAAGGUUGAUCCGAGCGCUGAAGAAGUGGAAAAACUGCAUGAUCAGUACGAGCGAGAGCUUGUCCGCCUUUUUGACAAGUACAAAAAGAAGUACGGCUACGAGAAGUGUACGCUGCACGUGUGCUAG